UUAUUCUAAUCCCUUUGCUUGGAAUUGCGACCUCGGCACCUGUCGGUGGACGUCGCCAAAUUCUGGAAGUCUCCGCGCAUCGCGUCUUCGAACGCGUGAAGAAAUUGGUCUCUCUCAAAGGCAAUCGGAGGGAGAAUAAGAAGAGAAGCGAAGAGAGAGAGAGAGGAAGAGGAAAAGGGGGCGAAGAGCAUCGCGAUUUUGGGCGUGGGAUGUAAAGGAAUCGCUCGUCCAUCUCCGAUCGAAACCCUAAACGCAAGGAACGAAUCUUCUCGUCUGGAAAGAAGAAGAAGAAGAGGGAACGUAGGAGGAGAUUUGAUAGGUUGAUCACAGGGAAACGAAGGGAAAAAGGGAGGAACAGAUCAGGGUUUCAUACGCGGAGGAGGAAGAGGAGGAGAGGAUCUUUCUUCUCUCUCUCUCUCUCUCUCUCUCUCUCUUUCCUGUUUCGGACUCAGGUAUUUGAAAGCCUAGCUCUUGAUUUCUCUAUGUUUUUAGGUAGUUUUAGCGCUCGAUCUGCGGGGGUAUACACAACGGAAAAGGGCUGGGUUCUUGGCUCCGAUCGCCGUGGAUUCUCGUCGGGUCCGAUGUCGGAUUUGGUUUUUCUUUGGCCGCCGUAGCUCGUCGAUUUGGAUGUUUGAUUGUUGGAAACUACGGAAGUUAGAUAAACAUGUUAGGUUUGGUUCUUGAUCUCCAGAUCCAUUGUGGUUGGAAGAUCUACAAGAAGAAGAUGGUGGGUUUCUUAAGGAAAAGGCGAAGAAGAUUGUGUCUGAGCUUGACUUAGGGUUCAGAGCUGGGCUUUCACUCUAGAUCUCUUGUCAGAUCUUAUAUCCGGAGGAUAAAGCAGCUAGCGGUUGUUGAUUUUUAGGGCUUGGAUCUGCUUCUUUUUCGCAUCUUUGUCCACAACAUUGAACAGCUUGCUUGGAUCCUGCGAUUUUCCCCUCAAACGGCCAAGGAGAGUAGCAAUCUUGCUUCUUCUCAGGGGCUUCUAUUUUGUCGUGUAGACUUAGGCUUCUGCAGGUGUAGUGAUGUCUCCUGAUUGGUGAUUCAUGACACCCAUGCCAACCUUCUGCGACGAAUCAAGCGAAUCCUCCAAACAUCUUUUCUUCUCUUACCCAUGCUGAAACUCUCACCAAUGAUCUUUGAAAGCUUUCUAGUUUCUUGACUGUCUCUUUGUGCAUUUGGAGUUUUUGCCUUUUCUUGUCCUUCCCGGGCUCCAGGCUUCUUGACCUGUGGAUUUAGUUUUGAUUUCCAAGCUGGAGGGAUGUUUGUAUUGUGGAUCCGUAGAAUUUCUUGGUGCUUCCAGGUUUUUGAAGAAAGAACUUGUGGUGGCCCUUAGAUUGGGAUUCUUUGGAAAUUUCGGUUCAUUUUAGCAUUUACAAAUUGGCGAGUGGUUAUUAGAUCUGAUAUUACAUGGUAAAGAGGAAGCCUUGGAAACUUCAACGCGACAUUUUGGUUUCAUGUGAUCUUUUCCCUCUUUGGGAUGCAGUUUGGCGGACUUCAGUUUUUAUGGAGAGUGGAUGUUUAUGUGUUCUCUCACGGGGAUUGCCUGGCCUAUCAAGCAAGAGGACCCUUCCCACUUUUUGUUGUGGACAUUGUUCCGUGCUUGAUAUUUGGACUAGUGCUAGAUAUUGUAGUUCUGGCGCUACUUGACGAUUUGCUCUUUUACUUGAAUCUGAACCAGAAGAUGUGGUGCGCGAAUCCCUUCAAAGGAUGGUUUACAUGAUCUACCUCAAGAUAAUGGCCCUCUAGUGGCUUAUGCAGGCAGUCUGUUAUCAGCCCCUUGAUCACUAGUAGACCAGCUUUUGUUGUUUUGGAUCAAAAGACAGUUGAUACAUUCUGGUCUUCAAUAACCACUGCUGCAAAAGAAAAUGAGGAUUCUGAAUCAAUGAUACGAUUGUGCACUUGCACUGGAGGUUCUGCCUCUCUCCUUGAAGGUUCUGGCCAUCAGGAAGGUUCGAAGACCUGCAAAAGUUGCAAUGGCAAAUUAGUAGUUGAUGGGCGAGGAACCCUCUCAAGAAACAUGCUGAGCACUGUGAGUUUGGAGCUUUCAAGAGAUUCUUGCUUGAACUGGAAAACUGUCAUUAAAGGCAGGCAGAGGGCCAUAAGACGAGCUAGAACUUCUUUUACCUGUGAGAACAAAAGGAAGCCUGCAACAAGAACUUAUAAGGGGAGUGAAAAUGCCACCAAUGAAGAAUCAAAUAUAACAGGCGAUCUUCCAAUCUCUGAAUCUGAGAAGCUUGGUGUGACUAUUCUUGGAAGGCGCUUCGGUGAGGCCUUAGGAAGUGUUCCCAUAAAGAAAAGGAGAUUACUGUUAGUUCGUUCGCCAUCACCUCCACCCCAUUCUUCUGACUCAAAUGAAUCUGAUCAGAUGGUACGAAGCCAGUCUGCCUCUUAUGCAGAGAGUGUAUCAUAUUGGAAAGAUCACCAUGACAGAACAAUUGCUAAUGAGGGCACCAGUCUGAGAGACAAAAGUGAACAGUGUUGUGAUGCUGCAGAUUUUUCUGGUAUUGUGGCACUGGCUGAUGCUGCUUGCCAAGCUGGUAUUGUGGGUGACAUCAUGAAUACUGAAUUUGAGCAUUCUGGAAAAGAAGAAAAGGGUUUGGAAAUUUUGCAGAGUGCAGAAUCAAGUUCAAUUUCUGACAUAAAAAAGCAGCAGCGAUUGGGUAUUUCUGAAGGUUUACUCUGUAAAUCUGAAAUGCCUCAGGAGAUAACUUUUACCUCUGUGCUUCAUACUGAGGGACCAGGUAGAAGUGAAUUGGGUGCAUCAAACAGUCCAAAUAACUUCAUGGGUUCCACAGAGAAAAUACCAGAGAAACCAAGCAAGGUGGAGUCUUCAUCUCGGGAUUCUAAAUUUCCCUGGGAUCUUAACACUACAAUGGGUGAAUGGGAUAGCAGUGAUGAAGAAGACAUUGGGAAUCAUAAAGAUGCUGCUGAUGUUGUGGAUGAAAAUAGUUGUCAGGAUGAAAAGAUAGAAAAGUUAGGAAUUUGUGAAGAUCCAGUAAAAUAUGAAGACACUAAGGACACUCCAGAAUCUUUUGAUCGCAGAAUACGGCUGGUCGGGAUACAAAAGGAAAGUUUCGUCUUAGUUGAUAACAAGGCCAAAGAUGAAGGUGAUGUUCUCAAUGAGAAUUUACUUGCAGAUUAUACUAGAAUAAAGGAAGGCUCUUUGCCUCAGUCUGUCAAGGUUUCUGCCCAAGGGGAGCUCCAGUUGGAAUGUCCUUCAGCUGCCAAAGACUCCACAGGAGGAGCCAAGCUUCUUCCUAAUCAGCUGGAUAGCUGUUAUACUUGGGAAAAUGAAUCUGACUCAGCUGGAGGUAAUCUAGGCCCUAACACUGAAUCUUGUUCAGCUACUCGCACAAUGCAGAAUAUGGUAGGUGAAGCAAACAUGGGUUUGAUGUUAAAGAAAGAAUCUUCUCCUUCUUAUCUGGUAUCUAGAGAGAAGUUAAAUUGCAGCUAUUCUGGUGAUGCCAGUGAAUUCGAUUACAGCAUGGCUCAGCUAACUAAUAGACCAAUUUCUGAAGAAAACACAAAUGCAGCUGUUGCAGUUGUUUGUAAUGAAAAUACCAUAGAUUGCACCAUGUUUGAUGUCCAAAGAGGACUACUUACUCAACAACGCAAUUCUGACAUUGAGAAGCUUGAGCUUUUCAGUGCUAAAUUUGAUCUUUGUCCCUCUGUUAGUCUUCUGGCUGAGAAUGCUUCUGAUGCUCCUGUUGAUGGAAAUAUUGGCACCCAUGUGACAGCUGCCGUUGGCUCUAGUGAACCAGUAAAGUCUAAUGGCAUGUGUGAUACUCAGAGUGCUUGUGCUGAUAAAUCCAGCGAAACUGAUACUAUGCAGGCACCUAGUAAUCAUGAUGAGCUAUCUUUUGGGAAUGUAAAUGGUAGCAAACAUAGAACAGUUGAUGAAGAUGAUAAGACGGAUGAUAACAAAUGCUCUACGAGGAGUGAUGUCAAAGAAAGUUAUGACAAAAAUGAACUUUAUGACAAAAAUGAACUUUGUGUUAAUGCUGUCUCAAAGGAUCCUAUAGAAAGCACAACAGCUGCUAGUAAUGCAGAUGAUGUGAAAAGAUUCGGUGAUAAUUUCACUUGUGGCCGUGAUUCUAAUGAUUCUCGAGUUGACAAGGAUCAGGCUGUUGGGCUGGAAAAGGUUGACCUUGGUGAUGAGGAAUAUCAGUAUGAAGAUGGAGAGCUAAGAGAAUCGUUUCCUAAUAACUGGGGAGAAGAUGGUGAGGAGUUGGAGACUGAACGUAUAGAUUACGGAUCAGAUAACAGGGACAAUGAUAUCUUUGAAGUUGCAUCUGAUAUUCCUGUUUCUGUUUCUUUACCUGUUGAUGCUAUGCCGCAAGAAAAUGGGGGUUUGUCAGUUAUAAGUACUGACAGAGUGCACGAUGGGUUCAAGGAUUCAUUAGAAGCUGUUUCAGGGAAGAGUUCAUCAGCAGCCAAUUCUUUAGAUGUUGGACUCCGAAAAGGAAGUGUUGAGAGAGUCGGUAAAACUGUUCAGACAGGUCAUUUGAGGGAGAAUCAUGAGACAAGAAAGCAGGAGAGGGAUCUUAGUGUAUCAGAAUCAGGUGCUGAGAAUAAUGGGGUUUGCCUUGAAGGUGAUGGUGCCAAAGAGUUUCAAGCAAGUUCGAGGAUGAAGUCGUCUGGAUGGGAUCAGUUGCCAGGUCACAGUACCAAGCAUGGGUUGAAGGAUGUGGAACUUGACCAUAUCAACGAAAAUGAGGCUACUACUUUGGAUGCAUUAGGGAUUGGUGACUCCUUUAGACAGACGGGUUCAUCGUCGAGGAGAGACAUGUCAUCGCGAAAAGAGAGGCCAAGGUCCUCUGAUAUGCCACAGAGCAAUGAAAAAUCUCAUGUUAGAGCAAGCAGGUCUGAUGACCGCAACAGCUUGAGUUUGAAAGCUGAAGCAGAAAUGGGUGCCGCUAGAUCGAUUGGAAGGGGUCGACUACCUUGGCAUACUCAGGGAAGGGGUGGAGAUGAAUUGCCUCCAAACCGUUCUCGUCCCACUCAUCGCAGAUCCCCUGGCUUCUAUGGUCCACCACCCAGUUUUGCUACCCUUGGUUCGAGGAAUGCAGCUGCAGCAGCUGUUGCAAAAGUAGAAAGCAAUGGUUUUGUCGUCGCACCUGAUGGUACAAUAGUCAAAGCUGCUGGUUCAGGGACGGCUGGUCGGGCACCCAAAAGAUCUUCUCAUUCUUCUGUGUAUAGAAGGGGAUCUCCUACUGAGAGAGAUGGUGUAGGUGGCAUGCCUAGAGGUUUACGAAGUGUAAGAGAGAUGAGCCCAGAUAGGCAGUUUGGUGUUGGUCGAGAUCGGCCUGAUCGAUAUGGUCCAGAGAUAAUCAGGGGCAGAUGUCGCAGGGCCAUUCGUGACGAGGGCAUGGAGGCUUCGCUAUCUGUUCACCGCCGUUCACUCUCCAGGCAGAAAAUUUUCUCCCCGCAUAAAGGUCCUCUUCAUCUCUCCCGGUCUCGAACCAGAUCAAGAUCAAGAUCACGAACACGCUCCCCUGGUUUGUGGGCAUUACGAGAUCAAAAAACUGCUGCACCUAAUUUUGAGCCAGAUGUGAAGUUGGAAAGAAUGAGGCCCUCACUUGGACUAUCCAAGUUUGAUGACCAUAUUGCAGGAUAUAGUCUACCCAAUGCUUCGAUGUGGGUUGACAAAAGGGGCAGCUCACCGGAUCAUCUUCGAGAGGAUGAUUACAAGCGGUAUUCAAGCAGAAGCCCACCAGUGCGUUAUUUCUCGAGGAGUGACCGGUUGCACCCUACAAAUUUCCCAGUAGACCUGGAGCAUGAUGAUUACCGCAGGCCAAUGCAUUCUAGCAGGUUUCAAGGAUGUGUUGGUUUUGGUAAGGGAAAUAGGCAUGACGAAAGUGGAAAUGAUAGGAGGGAGCAUGGAAGCCGAUAUGAUGUGCUUCAUUCUGGCGGACAUAUGAAGCGGUUUCGUGAUGUUGUUGGAGAUGGUUUUAGGGUUCACAACCAAAGAAGAGGCAGUUCAAGGGGCUACGAGAGGGCCAUGGAUAGCCAACUUGGAGAUUCCCCUCGUAGAGCUGAGGAGGAGAGAGGGAAUUUCAGAUAUGGUAGAAGUGGAAACCAUUAUGCCAGCUGUGAUGAUGACAUAACAUUAAGGAGAAGGCCCUCAUAAGUGCGGUGUCUUUUGUAUCAUCUGCUACUCGUGUUCAAGUGAAAGGAAUGCUGAGCCAAUGAUCUUUUUUACCUUUUUAAAGUGGGAAAAGAAAUUAGCUUUGCAAUCUUCUGCAUUUCUAACGCUUGUAGAAAUUUAUAUUUUGCAGUAGAAUUUGAAAAUUUUUGUUUCCAGCUUGCAGCUUAUCUUUUAUAUUUGUUCCCAAUAUUUUGUUUGUAUCUUUAUUUGGGCAAAUUUUGAAUGGAAUGUAGUCUUCAGAUGAGGCUAAUUGAAAUAUGAUCAAUCAAUGAAAUUUCAGCCUAUGUUUUAAAGACA